UGUCUAUUGUCAAGCGCAUCGCCAUGGGCUACUUCUCCGCUGUUCGCAUAGCUGCCAAGGCCCAGCUUCGGAGGCAACUGGUGGUCGGACGCCAUUUGUACUCCACGUCAUCAGCGCCCAGGCCAUCACCAUCGCAAUCGGGCACAAGGGUGGUCUGGGGAGUGGGCACCGUAAUUGCAGCUGGAGGGGGGGUCUACUGGCUCAGCAGCAAGUUGGCCGGCGACACAAGGCUUCAAGUUCCCAUCGUCAAAGCAGUUGCUUCAGAGGAAGAUAUCUCCGUAACGUCUCCAGUCAAAGCGCUAGAUCUGGACUCUGCAAACGCAAAAUUGCGGGAGCAGGCUCAGUCGUUUGUCUUUGACAGUGCAGAUGGGAAGCAAGGCCGUCUUGACAUCGUCCGAGUUGCCAGUAACGACCCCGUGGAAGAUGAAUGGUCCAUGGCUGUUGGGGGCGGAAUUCAAGGCGAGAGGACCUUGUAUGCUGGUAUCAUGGAUGGCCAUGCUGGCUGGGCAACAUCAAAGGUCCUAAAAGAAGCGCUGAUUCCGUACGUGUCCACUUCGCUCGGAAAGGUAUCGUCCACGAGCUCGGAGGAUGUGGUCAACGCCGCGAUCAAGAGGGCUUUUACAAGUCUUGAUGAUCGCAUCAUGGCAAACGCUCGAAACGCAGCAGAAGCAAGCCAUGAACCGGGCUCUGCUGAGGCUAUUGCUGCUUUAGCUCCGGCCUUCGCAGGUUCCUGCGCGUUGCUUACGAUAUACGAGCCGAAGUCAUCUGUCUUGAGGACAGCUGUUACAGGCGAUUCGCGAGCUGUCUUGGGAUCUUGGUCUGCGGCUACUGAAGCAUUCACGGCGGAAGCACUCAGCAAAGAUCAGACCGGGUUUAAUGAAGAUGAGGUGAAGAGACUGAUUGCUGAGCACCCGGGGGAGAGCAAUGAUAUCCUCGAUGCCAAGACCGGGAGACUCAUGGGAAUUGCUGUGACACGAGGAUUUGGAGAUCAUCGAUGGAAGUGGACCAAUGAGUUCAUCAAGUAUCUGCAGUCCAAUUUCUACGGGAGCGCCCCUCGUCCAAAGUCCAAGACACCUCCUUAUAUGACUGCUUCACCAGAGACAACAGUCCGGAGGGUCGAGUCUUCAGACUUUGUUAUUCUCGCCUCCGAUGGCUUAUGGGACGUCAUGUCUAACGAAGAUGCGGUAACUUGCGUCUCACGCUGGCUUGCAGCUCGCCGGAAAGGAAGGCCAGAAGAGGUGGAUAACACCAGACUGACUGGGCAUACGCUGGAUGAUGAAGGAUUCCUGAGCUACAAGGCUACUCCUGAGUAUUUUGCUAUUGAAGAUCUCGACAAUGCGGCUGUGUGCUUGGUCAAGAACGCUCUUGGGGGGAGGAGGAGAGGGCUCUUUUGCGGCGCAAUGACCGUGACUACGCCAAUGAGCCGUUAUAUGAGAGACGAUAUCACAGUGCAAGUGAUAUUUUUCGAAGAUCCCUGA